AUGGAUCCCGUAUCUCUUGGACUCGGCAUAGCGCCGCUGUGUAUCUCAGCACUGAAGGGGGCAAAACACACAAAAUCCAAGAUCAAGUUGCUCCGACACCACAGCCGGGAAAUCUCCCGAUUUCGCAAGAAGCUCAGAAUACAGGUGUCAAUUUUCCGCGACGACUCGCAGUUGCUUCUGCAGGACGCCGGCAUUGACCCCGAUCUCGCGGCUGAAAUGUUGGAAAAUGAUAACCAUGAAGAGUGGCAAGGACCGGCCGUCGAAAGCCGAAUACAAGAGUUUCUGGGCAGGAAAUAUGACGAAGUGCAGCGGGUGACCGCAGACGUUUGCCAACAUAUCAAGGACCUGGAUGCAGAACUCAGCAAUCUAGAGGACACAGCUCGGUCAACCGACAGUAGCAAGUCCGCCGUCGCAGCUCGAAGGGCUUCCAAAGCUGUUGAGCUGGUUGUACAACAUCCAAUCCUUCAGGAUGGCCUUGCGGCUCUUACAGACUCGGUCAGCGAGUUCAGGAGACUCAGGAAAACAUCAAGGCAGCUCAAGCGGCCCCGAGUACUGGACAUAAAGCAGCGAAAGGCCAUGCCCCUCACGUACAGUCUCAUAGCCCGACAUUCGACAUCGUUCUUGGAAUCUCUUACUCGGAGCUGGUCGUGUCUCAACUCGAAUGGGCUGCAUUCUACGCAUACCGCCAAGCUAUUUCUAGAGAGCGAAGCCUCCGACAGCUGUGUCAACUUUAAGAUGAGCUUAGAGUACGAAGCAGUAUUGGGAGACGUACGGCAGCAAAGCCUACUGCUCCUCCGAAUACGUUCCGAGGAACGAUCCUGGGUAGACCGGGGCCUCCCGCCACCGAACAUGGUCUCUUCACGCACUUUGUCUGACAUUGUGGAACGGCCAGCUAAAAUUCGCCGGGUCAGAUUUGCCGACUCUCCGAGCGAGUCUAGUGCGACGCCGUUAUCCCAGACCAUGGAGACUAAGCCAGAAUCUGGGGAGUGCCAAAGACGAGACCAAGCCUUCGCCUUAGCCUGCAACCUCUGCCAGGCCAAGGACGUAUGCCAGCAUGUAUUCGAACAAGCCAAGUCUCUCCACCAGUCCAGACAGGAGGGUUGCAUCGGCUACCUAGUCUCAACCGACGAGAACCUAACCCACCAACUCAUGGCAGCCCAGGACAAGGAGAGCACCGUGAUCCAAACGAGACCCUGCUCACCAGCCAAUCUAGCCUCCAUUAUCCAGCCGGCCCAAGAAUCUAGAAUUUCCAUCUGCGAACAACUGCGAUUAGCCCUGCGUCUCGCGCGAUCCGUGCUUCAAUAUCAUUCAACACCCUGGUGGCGUCGGACCUGGUGUCUUUCUGAUCUCUCCUAUUUCGAUAUCGACGACGAACUCUCUGCCUCACUAGCCACGCUUCAUAUUGACGCCAACCUCGUCCCCAAAACAGAUCACAUGGAGAUGCAAAGCAUCCUCAACCAAAUCCCCACCACAACAACACCCCUAGACGACGACGCAGAUUUGCUCUGCGGUAUCCGGAACCUUACAUUGCACAGUCUCGGGGUGGCGUUGCUCCAGAUCGGGCGGUGGGAGCAUCUGGACACACAAGACAUUGUCGCGAUGCGCAAGGCGGCCGCAAAGCCGUCGCGGCUGGGGCCACGGUACGAUGAGCUGACGGCUAAGUGUUUGUAUUGUGACUUUGGGUUUGGGGCGGAUCUUAACAAGCCGCAGUUGAAGGGCGCGAUCUAUGAGGAUGUGGUGUACGAGCUGGAGCAGAUGGUUGGAAUGCUGGAGGUUUCGGAGAGGUUGGGUGUCAUGGACGACAAUACUUAUGGAGGAUAG